AUGGAGGCCAUGAUGGGGGAGUUCCGAAGGAUGCUUAAAAGCUCCAUUGAACCUUUGCAUGAAAGGAUUGACCAAUUGGAGAAUUCUAGGCAACCACCUAGUUCGAGCAAGGGGAAGGAAUCCGCAUACUCCAAUGAUGAGGAGGAACCAUUUGAGGGGAGGAACCAAGCUGACCAAAGCCGGAGGAGAAAUAGAGAAAGGCCCGUAGAGACUUGGGAAGAAAUAAGGAGCUUGAUGCAGAAAAGGUUCGUGCCGAGCUGCUAUAGCCGAGACUUGCACCGAAGGCUACAAGCUCUCACUCAAGGUUCCAUGUCAGUCGAAGAUUACUACAAGGAAAUGAAGAUGGCCAUCAUGAAAGUCGAUUUGCGUGAAGAUGGAGAAGCUACCAUGGCUCGAUUCUUGCAUGGUCUAAGGCCGAAAAUUGCCGAAGUAGUGGAACUCCAACACUACCUCGACAUGAAUGACAUGCUGAAGAAGGCGGUAACAGUAGAACGGUGUCUCAAGAGGAGGGGUAGUGGACGUCCAGGCACUAUGUACAACCCGGGGAGUUGGCGAAAUUCUCAACCCAAGAGGGAGGAGAAGGCCGCGGCUUUACCUAAUCCAACAAGGCUGAAUGCCUUUUCUCCAAAAAUGAAGGCAAAGGUGGAACCUAAGGCCAAUAAUGACGCUCCUAAACCUCGUAGCCGAGACACUAAGUGCUUUAAAUGUCAAGGGUUUGGUCAUAUCGCCUCCCAAUGCCCCAACCAACGAACCAUGCUCUUGUUACCGAAUAGGGAGAUUGUCUCUGAUGAGAAGGAGGAAUAUGAAGGUAUGCCGCUUCUUGUGGAGGAAGAGGAUGAUUUGGGUAAAGAACUACCUACUCAUGAGGAGAUUAGUUGUUUGGUGGUUCGAAAGGUCCUCACUACUCGAGUCAAGGAGGAGGAAAUGGAGAUACAACGGGACAACCUUUUCUACAUGAGGUGUCAUAUCAAGGAUAAGGUCUAUAGUGUUGUCAUUGAUAGUGGAAGUUGUGCCAAUGUAGCUAGUCUACUCAUGGUGGAAAAGCUAGGGCUUCUAGUUAUCAAGCAUCCAAGACCUUAUUGCCUUCAAUGGUUGAACAAUAAAGGGGAAGUCCGUGUGUUUAGACAAGAGUUCGAGGAUAUAUUCCCGGAGGAUGUGCCAAAUGGAUUACCACCUCUAAGAGGGAUUGAGCAUCAAAUUGACCUCAUUCUGGGAGCCCCACUGCCUAACAAACCCGUCUAUAGGAUGGGACCUGAAGAAACGAAAGAGUUGCAAAGGCAAGUGGAGGAAUUGCUAAGGAAAGACUGGGCUCGAGAAAGUCUAAGUCCAUGUGUUGUACCAGUGAUUCUCGUGCCAAAGAAAGAUGGAGCUUGGAGAAUGUGCACCGACUAUAGGACAGUAAAUGCCAUCACGGUAAAAUAUCAUCACUCUAUCCCUAGGUUAGAUGAUAUGUUGGAUGAAUUGCAUGGUGCCAUUAUCUUUACUAAAAUUGACUUGAAAAGUGGUUACCACCAAAUAAGAAUAAAAGAAGGAUAUGAGUGGAAAACCGCUUUCAAAACUAAACAUGGUCUAUAUGAGUGGUUAGUUAUGCCUUUCGGUUUAACUAAUGCACCUAAUACCUUCAUGCGAUUACUGAACCAUGUUUUGAGACAUUUCCUUGGGAAAUUUGUUGUAGUUUAUUUUGACGACAUUCUCAUCUAUAGUCGAAGUUUAGAGGAGCAUCUUGUGCACUUCAAAUCUGUUUUUGAAGUACUUCGAAAGGAGAGGCUAUACGCCAACUUUAAGAAGUGCACAUUCUGUACUGACCAUGUGGUGUUUGUAGGCUAUAUAGUUAAUGCGCAGGGAAUUCACGCAGAUGAAUAG